CGUUGGCAGCGCUUUCUGGCAUGUCUGUUAGUUUUGCGUCAUUUAAGGCGGGGCCUGGGCGAAGGCUGCUGUUCUCAGUGCUGAUUCUGUUCUGAACCCAGACGCUGGACUGCAGGAGGGAGCUUAUCGAAGCGGUUCCUCUCAUCUUUUCUCAUCUCCACCACCCCCCUCUCUCCCCCCAAAAAAGAAACGCAAGCCGAACGAAAUGGAUUGUUAGCGAAUGUGUGGCAUGGAUCAAUGAGCAUAAUGGAUUCCUUUCACUGCGUUCUCUUCGUGGUUUUCGCUGUCCAUGCCAAUCUGCUUGCCUUCGCGGACAGGAAAUUCGGCUGCUUGUUUGAGGCUGAGCUGUGCUCCCCGUAUGAGGUCUGCUCCAAUGACGGAGUGUUCGGCAGGUGUCAGAAUGUCCCCGUGACCGAGGUGUACACCUACGACGUGCCCCCUUCCGCCCUGCUGAGGCUGCGGACCCUGCUCCAGAAGCUGUCGCACAGAGGUUUAACUUGGGAAGAUGACACAGCUCAGCAGGCCAUUUCCAAGGAGCUGUCCAAACUGCGGAGAGUUUCCUACGGACUGCCAGAGUCCAGCCUGUCCAGGUUGCCCGGCUCGACUGACAGCGGAAACAGGAAGCUGAAGAUGGAAGAGGAGGCGGAGCUUGGCAGGUCCCUGAAGUACCUGCAGCGUCUGGGGCUCCUCCCCCAAGCAGCCCCCCCUGCCCCGCCCACCGGACCCAGGACCAACGCCGAGAUGAGACAGAACGACGGCCUCCCCGCGGGACGCCCGUUGAAAGUCUACGCCCCGGCGAAGGCCCAGGCGAAGGGGAAGGGGAGGGACCCGGACGACCGGUCGGACGACGGGCGGCUCCUCCUGGCUGCCCUGCAGCGCUACCUGGCCCAGAAGCCCGCCCCCGGCCCUGCCCUCAGCCCCGCCCCUUACAGCAGCAGGCCACGCCCCUUCCCGAGCAGCCCGAAGGAGAGCGCGGACGGGUACCACGGUCGCCCCCCGCUGGGCCAGGGUUCGGCUGACCGGCCCAAACAGCCCAGACCCGCAGCCCAGAGACUGCUCUUCAGACCUGGGACCAGCCAGCCCCCUGCCAAGGGCCCCCUCAGCCUGGUGGACGAGAAGUUCAUCCAGAGCGUGGUGACGCAGCUGGGGAAGCACGACGUGAACGUGGAAGCCCUGAACGGGGCGGAGCUGGACCAGCUGGCCGACGUCAUCGCCAACGCCCUGCAGGUGGUGGACGAAGAUGGCGGGGGCGGGGGCGGGGCAGGGGGGCCGCCCGGGAACAACCUGAGGGACUCCAAGAGAGGACCUGCGUCCGUCGCUCAGCCGGACCAGCAGGGGGCGCUGCAGGAGGAUGACGCACUGAACGAGCGACAGAUGAGUGAAGAAAAGCCAAACUCCGAUGACAAGGACGCUGGCUUGAUUAACAAGCUGCUCGAGUACCUGGACAAGAACAACUUCGGCGACGCCCAGUUGGAUGCGGGAGCCGCGAAGGAGGCGGAGCUGGGGGCGGGGCCAGCCGUGGGGGUGGAGAACGUGAAGAGCCGGACCACCCGUAAGGACCUGGCCGUGCAGAAGAAGGACGAUGAUGUGCCCCUGCUGCCGGCGCCCGUCGCCCCCGGCGACCGCGGGCUAGGGGGCGGGGCCCCGGCCGGAAUGCUGGCGGAGCCGCGGAAGAAGGACAUGCGAAUCGAGCAGGAGCUGGAGCUCGACGUGAAGACCGUGUCUGCAGCCGAGAGGGAGGCCGACUACGGCUAUAUCAUCACCGACUCAGACUCGCUCCCCACGGACCAGGCCCUGCACCUGAUGGAGCUCCUGGCGCACAGCGUCAGGCUGCAGAUGACCGACUUCCUGGAGCUCUCAGUGGUGGGCUCAGCUGUGACCUUCAAAGUGCAUCCCAACCCUCAGAACGUUUCCACCGCAGAUGUGGCCAAUGCUGCAGAUCAGCAGAAGAACAAGCUGGAGAAGGAGACGGGCAUCAGGAUCCUGGAGGCUGGAGUCACUGAGAAAAGCAUGCUGGACCAGAUCCCCACCAAGUACAACCAGGCCGAGUCGACCAAGUUCCUCAUCCUGACCGUGGUCUCCAUCGUGUGCAUCGUGGGCGUUCUGGUGGCCUCCACCGGGGUGUACUGCAUGCGCCACCGCUCCCACCACAAGCUGAAGGAGAAGCUCACCCGAUUGGGCACGGACACCGGCUCGGACGCCACGUCAACCUAUCAGGAGCUGUGUCGCCAGCGCAUGGCGGUGCGGACGGCGGAGAGGGCGGAGCCUGUGCCCAUGCACUCGUCCCGCAUUAACAGCGUCUCCUCCCAGUUCAGCGACGGGCCGCUCCCCAGCCCCUCGGUCCGGAGCAGCACCUCCUCCUGGAGCGAGGAGCCCGCCCACUCCAACAUGGACAUCUCCACCGGUCACAUGAUCCUGUCUUACAUGGAGGACCACCUGAAGAACAAGAACCGGCUGGAGAAAGAGUGGGAGGCGCUGUGCGCGUACCAGGCCGAGCCCAACGCCUGCGCCAUCGCCCAGCGCGACGGCAACGCCAAGAAGAACCGCGCCAACGCCGCGCUCGUCUAUGAUCACUCCAGGAUAACCCUGAAGCCUGAGAACAACCAGGGCAACUCGGAUUACAUCAACGCCAGCCCAAUCAUGGACCACGACCCCCGGAGCCCCGCCUACAUCGCCACCCAGGGCCCUCUGCCCUCCACUGUCGCCGACUUCUGGCAGAUGGUGUGGGAGAACGGCUGCGUCGUCAUCGUGAUGCUAACGCCGCUCACGGAGAACGCGGUGAAGCAGAGCUACCACUACUGGCCAGACGAAGGCUCCAACCUCUACCACAUCUACGAGGUGAACCUGGUGUCGGAGCACAUCUGGUGCGAGGACUUCCUGGUGCGCAGCUUCUACCUGAAGAACAUGCAGACCAACGAGACGCGCACCGUCACGCAGUUCCACUUCCUCACCUGGCUCAACCAGAACGUUCCGGAGUCCAGCCGCACCCUGCUGGACUUCCGCAGGAAAGUUAACAAGUGCUACAGGGGGCGGUCCUGUCCAAUCAUCGUUCACUGCAGUGAUGGGGCUGGGAGAAGUGGAACAUACAUUCUGAUCGACAUGGUCCUCAACAAGAUGGCUAAAGGUGCUAAAGAGAUUGAUAUCGCAGCUACGCUGGAGCACCUGAGGGACCAGCGACCUGGCAUGGUGCAGACCAAGGAGCAGUUUGAGUUUGCACUGACAGCUGUGGCAGAGGAGGUGAAUGCCAUUCUCAAGGCCCUUCCCCAAUGAGCCACUCUCCCCAGAGACCCCCCCCCCACCCCCUCGCCCCCUCGCCCCUCUCACCUUCGCCCCCAUCCGUUACAAUGGUAAACCCCCCCUCUCCUCCCCAAACGUCACCCCGAGUUCCACCCCCUGCACCCCCUUAUUUUCCACUCUGAACACCUCUGCAGUGUGAACGACAAACACUUCAAAAAUACUCGCAUUACAGUAAUCUGUGUUCGUCUAAAGGGGAUGCAAUGAAAUGUGUACAGCCUCCAUGUUUUUUAUGUGUAUGUCUGUCAUUUUUUUGUUUUAUUUGGUUUUAUUUUGUUUUGUUUUUUUGGAUGGGGGGUGUGUCAGUGUACUAUCAUGUUGAGACCCUUCUUAGAUUCAGGAAAGUUCCACUUACUUGAAAAAAAAAUGUUUUAAGUUUUGCUUGUUUUUCAAAUGCCAUGGCCUUCUUUGCUGUACUUGUUGUGAAUUUAUGCCUCAUAAAUAUUGGCUGUUACAUUCAUGGAAAGUUGGGUGGAACUGUAUCAUGACAGUGUUGAAAAUAUCUGUGUUUUAUGUGGACGGUACUUUGGGGGUUUAACGUGAUAUGAAUAUUGUGUAAUUUCUGCACUUGUUUGAAUCCAAUAAUGUAUGGAUAAAUCUCAGUAAUAAUGAAUACUUAAGCAAUAUGCAUAUCUUCUGAUGGUUUGACAACUCAUUAUUUUAACUGGUUGACCCAGUCAAAAUAUUCAUAUUUACAUCGGUGUAAUAAAAAAAAUUACCCAAAUACUCAAGAAAGGUCCGCGUAGAGAGAUGGACGUUCGCAAAACAAAACAAGAGUACAUUACUGGCGUUUGGCAGAAGCUCUUAUCCAGAGCAACUGGGAAAAAAAAGACGAAGAAGAAUAAAUGUGUGUGUGUGAACAGAGCGGUGGCUGACUGACUGGCAGAUCAGAACCACGCUUUGGGCUCGGGUCUUCUGCGAACAUUAAACCACCACCUGCACACUCCGUACUUUUUAUUUAUUUAAUUUUUUGAGACCAAGUAGGUCACGACUCCUCAGAGCCCCCUCGGCCUUCGGCGUCCCUGUCGAGCCUUCGUCUUCAUCUUCCUCUCUUAGCCGGCUUUGAUAUCAGCCAGAAAAUAUCAUCGGCGGGCAGGGGCUGCGGGGAGUUUGCGUUUCCAUGGAAACGAUCCUUCGGCGUUGUCACCGGGAGGUUUGCGUAACCUGAUUACGCGUCGAAGCCUCGCUGCGGCGCAGGGAAAGAAAAUAGGUCAUUUUGAAGGUUACAAAAAAAUAAAAUAAAACACUAAUAAAACGAAGCAAAAUUUUCUUAUUUCCUGCACAUGCAAUUAUUUCUGAUGGCAUCACACUGACCUCUACUGAAGUUGGAGACUGAUGGCGUUUUUCUUAAAAGUAUGAAAUCUUAAUGGCGAGUAGUAGUUAGCCAUUAAAGUUAUCGAUGUGCAGUAGGUCUAGUUACUUCUGCAUUACUGUACACCAAAUAUGUUUGUGUAAUUUAUUGUAAACUGUAGAGUUUAAUUAUACUGGAAAGCAACAAAAUUAUACUAUGGUUUGAUUCAAAUUCAAUUUGUAAUUUUUUGUAAUUUAUAGUGCCUUGUGGGCUCUAUCUAUGUGUAAAGCGUGGAUAUAGGAUGUCUGUGUGCAGGUAGGUUUUGAUCUAUGUAACGGUCCAAGUGUCCAAGCAGGAAUUUAAAAUGAGCACACUGAACCAGCCCCUGUUGGGAUCCGAGUUCUGUUCACGAGAAAGGAGCGAAAUGUCGACGCCGCAGACUGAAGUGCGAAGACUUCCUCAGACGCAUUCAGGCUUGUUUUUCCUUUAUUUCUCACACGCUGUGGUAUUUUAUUAAACGGACCUGUUUUUAAGUGCAAAAUAACGUCCAGGCGCUCCUGUGAUGGCAUCCAGAGAAUUCACGGGCCGUGCCAAGGCGCUGGAGCUUAUCCGUCUUUUGACAUGCAAAUGACAGAACCAAGUGUGCGUCACAUCAAAGCCCGACUCGGGUAGCACUUCCAUCCUCCUGAAAUAGUGCUCUGUCUGGGUGUUUACAAAAAAAAUAAAAAACCCUGCAUUGACAGCCUGUCAUAAACAUCAUAAGUGAUUGUUUAAAGAAUAUUCUAAUACUGAAAUGAAUACAAUUUUAUGCCACAACGUAAAUAUAUAGACAUAUAUAGAGAGACAUAUAUGUAGACAAAUAUAUAGAGCUCACUGCAUGUUACUACACUGCAGACCAAGGAUGCCAUUGACAUUAUUUGAAGAUGUUUUUUUUCUAUCUUUAUUUUUUAGUUUUUUUGUGACAACUGACUGGACAUUCAUUGCUUAAAGUGGUAAUAUAUAUAUAUUGUGAUGUGUAACCCUCUUUAUCUGUGGUCUGAAGGUAACACUGUUUAGGACAUUACAGUAUAUUCUAGCAGCAUAAUUUUUGUGACACUUCAACCACACCAAACUGUCUUUAUUUUGUUUUUUUUUUCUCUUUUUUGUUUUUGACCAUGGCAUCUCAUGCCCUCUUUGUUCGUGUUAUGAGUUAUUUGUAUAUAAUAUCUAAAGUAACAGAAAAUAUUUUGCUCUAUUUCUGUAAAAAAAAAAAAGAUACAUGUGAAUAAAGUCCUAUUGUCUGUGGAGUAUUGUGAAUACUGCAACAA